AUGCACUACAGAAGACUGUGUUUAAACAGCCUGAAAGACCUCUUGAGAGAGUGGAAAAUAAAAAUAAAGAAGUGGAAGAAAGACAUAAAAGAGCACAGAGAGAAAGUAAAGAAAGGCCUUGUAACGAUAGAGUGCUACUACGAAGAUGAGAAGCAAUGGAGAGCAAAGAUAAAGUGCAUAGCAAAAGAGCUGUGCAUAGAUGCCAUAUGGUUCAGCGUCUUUCACACGCACUCAUCACAGAGCAGUGAAGAGAUAGCAGAAAGAGUAACAGAAAGACUCGAGAACGAUGUACGAAGAAAAGAAGAAGAGAAAGAGAACACAAGAGCAUUAAAACUUAGACACUUAUACGGCAGCAGGUACUAA